AAAAGAUAAUGAUCUCUCUCACACACACUACUGAGGACAACUGAGUAGAGAGAGAAAGUAAGAGUUCUAGAGAGAGAAAAAGAGGAGUGCAGAGGUGAAAAGUUUUCAGAGGGAUAAAAAGGGGGCAAGAAAAAGGCAACAUAUACAGAAAGAGGGCUGUUGAAAAUAAAUCACAAUGAAAGACGAUUUUGUUUGAUUCCCAUUUGCCUUGCCUUUUCGGUAACUGUGUUGAGAUCGGCUUUUGGUUCUGAUCUUAUCGAUGGUUUGUUGGACGACAAUGGUGGAGAUUUGGGCGAGCUGUUGUUGAUUUUGGGGAGCUAGGGUUUUUGGGCGUUGAGGGCUUUGGAAUGCUGUGUUCGGAGGUUGUUGAUUUGGAUCUGAGAAUAUCAGGAUGAUAGUGAUGGAGAGAGGGGUGGUGGCAUCGAUUUUUGUCUGGUUCAUCGUGUUGGCUUAUGUACUGAAAUUCAUCAGUGCUAAUACGGAAGGUGAUGCAUUGCAUAGCUUAAGGACCAACUUAGAAGAUCCCAACAAUGUGUUACAGAGUUGGGAUCCUACACUUGUCAACCCUUGCACGUGGUUUCAUGUUACAUGCAACAAUGAUAACAGUGUUAUAAGAGUAGAUCUUGGGAAUGCAGCUUUAUCUGGUCAAUUGGUCCCCCAGCUUGGCCUAUUAAAGAAUUUACAAUAUUUGGAACUCUACAGUAAUAACAUAAGCGGACCGAUUCCUAGUGAUCUUGGUAAUCUGACUAACUUGGUGAGCUUGGAUCUCUACCUGAACAGUUUUACUGGCCCUAUCCCAGACACUUUGGGCAAGCUGUCAAAGUUGCGGUUCCUCCGACUUAACAACAACAGCUUGUCGGGUCCUAUUCCAUUGUCAUUGACUAAUAUCUCAUCACUGCAAGUAUUGGAUCUAUCAAACAACCGUUUGUCAGGAGCAGUUCCAGAUAAUGGCUCUUUUUCUCUGUUUACGCCCAUCAGUUUUGCUAAUAACGUGGGUCUAUGCGGCCCGGUUACUGGACGCCCUUGCCCCGGAUCUCCUCCGUUUUCUCCACCCCCUCCAUUUGUCCCACCACCGCCAAUUUCAUAUCCAGGAGUUGCGUAUGCAUUUAUUAGGUCAGCCAAUCAAGUCAGAGACCAUCCCCGAAGUAUGCAGGGGCAUCCCCGAAGAGGAAAUAGUGCCACCGGGGCAAUUGCUGGAGGGGUUGCUGCUGGUGCUGCUCUACUGUUUGCUGCUCCUGCAAUAGCGUUUGCAUGGUGGCGUCGCAGGAAACCACGAGAGUACUUCUUUGAUGUGCCUGCCGAAGAGGAUCCAGAAGUUCAUUUGGGGCAACUUAAAAGAUUUUCUCUACGAGAAUUACAAGUUGCAACAGAUAGUUUUAGCAAUAAAAAUAUUCUUGGUAGAGGUGGUUUUGGAAAGGUAUAUAAAGGACGCCUAGCAGAUGGUUCGUUGGUGGCUGUGAAACGACUAAAGGAGGAGCGCACACCUGGUGGAGAGCUGCAAUUUCAAACAGAGGUCGAGAUGAUUAGCAUGGCUGUGCAUCGAAAUCUCCUCCGAUUACGUGGCUUUUGUAUGACACCAACCGAACGGCUGCUCGUUUAUCCAUAUAUGGCUAAUGGAAGUGUUGCAUCAUGCUUGAGAGAACGCCCACCAUCUGAACCGCCGCUUGAUUGGCCUACACGGAAGCGAAUCGCAUUGGGAUCUGCAAGAGGACUAUCUUAUUUGCAUGAUCAUUGUGACCCAAAGAUUAUUCAUCGUGAUGUGAAAGCUGCAAAUAUUUUGUUGGAUGAGGAGUUUGAGGCUGUUGUUGGAGACUUUGGGUUGGCUAAACUGAUGGACUACAAGGAUACACACGUCACUACUGCCGUACGUGGCACUAUUGGACAUAUAGCUCCAGAGUACCUCUCCACUGGAAAAUCUUCUGAGAAAACUGAUGUUUUUGGAUAUGGGAUUAUGCUUCUGGAGCUAAUUACAGGACAAAGGGCUUUUGAUCUUGCUCGUCUUGCAAAUGAUGACGACGUCAUGUUGCUUGAUUGGGUGAAAGGACUUUUGAAGGAGAAAAAAUUAGAAAUGCUAGUAGAUCCUGAUCUACAGAACAACUAUGUAGAGGCUGAAGUGGCACAGCUAAUCCAGGUUGCACUUCUCUGUACACAAGGCUCCCCAAUGGAUCGGCCCAAGAUGUCUGAAGUGGUGAGAAUGUUAGAGGGUGAUGGCUUGGCAGAAAGAUGGGAUGAGUGGCAGAAGGGAGAAGUUCUCCGCCAGGAGGUGGAACUCGCUCCCCACCCAAAUUCUGAUUGGAUUGUUGACUCAACGGAGAAUCUACAUGCAGUUGAAUUAUCAGGUCCAAGGUGACACCUCCAUGGUUCAAGUAAAGAACGGAAUUAUAAUGACCUUUAUUUUUUCUCUUUUUUGUCAUAAAAAUUUGCCUUUUGCCUUUUUCUUUUUUCUUUUUUAUUUUAUUUAUGUUUUUACCAAAUACCCCCUUAUGAGCUCUUGUAAGCCCAUUGUGAGUUACAUUCAUUACAUUUGUGCAUAUAUGAAGUAGUAUCAACGGGCAAUUUUUACAA